AUGGCUGCCGCCCGAAGGGGCCCCCAGCCUGAGGCCUUGAAGGGCGGGUCUAAGAAGCAGCGGAUCCUAGCAGCAGCAGCAGCAGCAGCAGCAGCAGCAGCAGAUAAAGCAGCUGCUGCAGCAGAAGCAGCAGCUCAGAAAAAAAGGGGCGGCGAGGCCCCACAGGACGCCCAAAGCCCCCGGGCAGCAACAGAGCAGCAGCGCAAGAAGCGCAAAGUGAAGCAGCAGCAGCAGCGGGAGCAGCAACAGGAGCAGCAGCAACAGGAGCAGCAGCAGGAGCAGCAGCAGUCAGAAGGCGGUGAAGGCGACCCAGGAGAGUCCUUGGAGACGCACAGCAAACAGACCCGCAAAAAGCAGCAGCAGCAGCAGCAACAGCAGCAGCAGCAGCAGCAGCAGCGGCUGCCUGACUGGACUAGCCGGUACAUCCUGGUGCCCAGCGAAGGCACAGGAGACGCAGCAGCUUCUGCUGCUGUGCUGCAGUCUCUACAUCCUGCUGCUGCUGCUGCUUUUAGGAGGCGAAUUGGAAACACCUUCUUCCCCAUUCAACUGGCGGUGAUCCCCCAUUUGCUGCGUCUCCUCGAGCUUCCUUUUGGCUCCUUGGAGGCCAGCGACGUCUGCGUGCAUGCAGCCACCGGGGAGGGCAAGACUCUUUGCUAUGCGCUGCCUCUCGUCAGUCACCUCUGGAAUGCCGUGG